AUGGCUGGCACAGCCUUACAGCCAUCUGGGAUACAGGAGCAGGGGGAUCAGCAGGAGAAGAGGGCUGGGGAUCAGCCUGUGGACGAACCGAGUGAUGAUAAACAGGAGCAGCAGGAGGAUGCAGAGCAGUGUCAGGCUGUGGGAGCAGCCUUACACCGAGAUUCUGACAGCAUGGAGAGCAGUGACACUGGCACACACACACCAAGCCCCCCCACCUGCAAGAUCUGCUUCCAGGGUUCUGAACAGGGUGAACUACUAAAUCCAUGUCGAUGUGAUGGAUCUGUGAGAUAUACACACCAGCUCUGCCUUUUAAAGUGGAUUAGUGAAAGAGGCUCAUGGACUUGUGAACUGUGCUGUUAUAGAUAUCAUGUUAUAGCAAUCAAAAUGAAAAAGCCAUGCCAGUGGCAACUCAUUACUGUAACACUUGUUGAAAAGGUUCAAAUGAUUGCUGUAAUCCUUGGAUCACUCUUCUUGGUGUCAAGUGUGACUUGGCUUCUUUGGUCAGUUUUUAGCCCAUAUGCAGUAUGGCAAAGAAGAGACAUUUUAUUCCAAGUCUGCUAUGGGAUGUACGGUUUUAUGGAUCUAGUUUGUAUAGGUCUAAUUGUCCAUGAAGGAGCAGCUGUGUACAAAGUUUUCAAACGUUGGAGAGCUGUAAAUCUGCACUGGGAUGUUCUGAAUUAUGAUAAAGCCACAGACAUAGAGGAAAGCAGUCGUGCAGAGGCUUCGGCUAGAAGGACAUUAUGGUUACCAUUAAAUGCAUUCAGAUCGAGGACUUUAGCACAACCUCCUCAUACACAUACACAAUUAAGCUCUCCACGAUUGCAGUGUGGAUAUGUACUGUUACAUUUGUUCAGCAGGAUGAGAACUACUCAAGAAGACUCUUUAGAAGACAGUACUUCGGGUGAGGUUGUUAUGAGAGUGACAUCAGUAUAAU